GUCUCUCUGAAACCCCUUCACUCCUUAAACCCCAACCAACACAGUCAUGGAUCCCAAGCUCUCCUUUGUCAAAACCCUAAUCCGAAAUGCGAUUAUGACCAGGUCCUACUAUACUAGCCGGACCAAGAAGCCCACCCUCUACACCACAAUCAGUCCUCUCGGACUUGGAAAUCACAAACAAAGCGUGGCCCCGGAGCUCGACGACUGGGUCUCCAAAGGCAUUUAGGUCAGCAUCGGUGAGCUCCAACGCAUCAUUCGUGACUUUCGCAAGCGCAAACGCUUCUCUCAAGCCCUCCAGGUAUCUGAGUGGAUGAAUGAGAAGGGGAUAUGCAGGUUUCGGCCGAGUGAACAUGCUGUGCAGCUGGAUUUGAUAGGCAAGGUUCGGGGUUUUGUUUCGGCAGAAGAGUAUUUCAGUAAGUUGGGAGAGGAAGAUAAGGAUUGUAGGACAUAUGGUGCUCUUUUGAAUUGCUAUGUAAGGCAGCUCCAGAUGGAGAAGUCUCUGGCUCAUUUUUGGAAAAUGCAGGAGUUGGGGUUUGCUUCUUCGGCUAUUGAUUACAGUGGGAUCAUGUGUUUGUAUACAAAUGCCUGGCAGCAUGAGAAGGUCCCUGGUGUGAUGGCUGAGAUGAAGGAGAAUGAUAUCUCUCCUGACAACUGGAGCUAUAGAAUACGCAUAAACUCUUAUGGGGCAAGGUCUGAUCUUGAAGGGGCCAAAAAGGUUUUGAGAGAAAUGGAGGCGCAGCCUUACAUUGUCAUGGACUGGAAUACAUCUGAAGGCAGCCAGACAAACAAAGCGAUUGAUGCCUUAAAGAAAUCGGAAGAGCGGUUGGAUACAGAAAAUGGGCUUGGCUACCAAUUUUGGAUUUCACUGGAUGCUAAAAUGGGGAAUAGGGAUGAAGUUUUGAGGUAUUGGGGUCUUAUGAAGAGUGUUUAGAGAUGCAUAAACAGGGAUUAUAAUUGCAUGUUGGUGGCUCUGGUGAGGCUUGGUGAGUUCAAAGAAGCUGAGAUGGUGUUGAAGGAAUGGGAAAUGUCUGAAAACUUAUACGAUUUUAAAGUGCCUCAGACUGUGGUAGUAGGUUACUCAGAAAAGGGGUUGCAUGAGACAGCACAAGCUCUGCUUGAAGACUUGAUGGAGAAGGGAAAUCCGACCAACCUUAAAUAUUGGGAAUUAGUAGCUUCUGGAUAUGUCACUAAGGGUGAGAUGGAAAAAGCUUUGAAGUGCAUGAAGAUUGCUCUCACUGUGUGGACACAGAUAGGACGGAGACCCGACGAUAGGUUGAUCGCAAGCUUACUGAGUUGGCUUGGUGAUGAAUGUGACCAAUUUUUGAUCGCAAGGACAUCUUAAUUCUCUGAUAAAAAGCAUGCACUAUAUAUGUUCCUCAAUCUAUAAAAACAUAAAUAUUGUUAUUAAAAAGAUUGAAUCUUAAUAUAUGCAUUAUAUAUAUAUAUAUAUUGUGAUAAUCAAGCAGCACUUCAUAUUGUGCAAAUCCAGUUUUCCAGGAAAGAGAACUUGUCACAUUGAAAUGGAUUGUCAUUUCAUUCAUGAUAAGAUAGACCCAUCAAUAGUUCGAACUCGACAUGUUGGAACUUUGCAGCAAUUGGCAGAUAUAUUUGCUGCACAAGUUGGGAGUUCUUGACAUUCAUUCUCCAACUUGAGGGAGAGUGUUGAGAAUUUUGCAUAAUUAAAUAUCAGAGUCGUAGUAUCUGUGUAAAUCUUGUAUGUCAAGUUUGAAUCUUUUCUGUGUCUUUUUCUUUCCUUAGUUGGCUAGCUUGACUUGGUCUCCAAGUCGUAUGUCUGCAUAUAAGGUUCCCUGCAUCAAUGAAAGUAAUUAAUAUCUCAGUAAAACAUCUUUUUCUAUACUUACUUUUCGUUAUAUAAAGCUUCUACGUUCUCAUUCGUUCUAAGAAUUUCUUGUAUCUUACAUGUAUCUCUGUUACUGGCUUUUGAUAACCUCUUGAUCCAAAGAUGAGCUCAAGCGAGCAUUCAGCAGCUGUUGCAGUUGCAGUACCGUAUCCCGCUCCCAGCAAUUCCGGCAGCACUGAUGUCCUGGAACGGGAUCCUUAUGAGGCUCCAUCAGCAAUAGUACCACCUCCACCUAAUGGUUAUCCCUUAGGUGAUACUAGUACAGAUAUUCCUGAGGGGCCUGCAGGCAGAACCGUGUUCCGGGGGGAUGAGAAAGAAGUCAAAGAACACGGCUGCUGCUGUCGCACUUUCUGUUGUCUCUGCCGCUGCUGCCUUGCUAUAUUGAGUGGAUGCGGGGAUCAAUGAAAGGCGUGCUGUUCAGUAUAUGUGUUAAAAAUUAUAGUUUGAGAUUCUAUUAUCCUCUCGUAUGAUAUGUUCAGUUCUUAUAUAUUCUUGUGUGAUUGUUGUACAAUAUAUUGUUCAUCCUUGUUUUAAUUCACCAUAUAUGAUCGAUCAAUAUAUAAUGAUCUUCGUACUUCCAGAACAGCUUUUAUAUAUUCGAAAUUCUUUUUUCUUAUUGGCUUAUUGUUGUGCUGCAUAGGCAUGAAUUCUCACCCUUUUGCAAUCAAUAAGCAUGCAUAAAGAAAAACUGUCAGUAUGGUGUUGUUCGUCCUGGGUUGGAGAACCGGAUGGCUAUGCCGCUGUCGGUUUGAAGUUGUUUGGGUAGCCCAGGAAAUCGGCGGCGAUGAUAUCUAAGGCUGAGCGAGGCAGCCUUGCUUACUGGCAUGUCACGAGUGAUUGAUGUAGCCUCAUCCAAAAGAGACACUAGGCUCUUAGCGGUGCUCUCUAGUCAGGCGGUGUUGGGCUUGGCGGCGGGAAGGUGCUCUCGAAGUGCCAAGGUAAAGUUGGCGGCAGUUUUAACUGUGAUGUAGGGUGGUGGCGCUGCCUGGCAGAAGCAAAUCUGGGCUGUGGCCAGGAAUGGGCUUGGGUCUCCUAGCCUAGUGACUAGUACAACCUACAGUUCGGCCUCCUCUAGUUUUUCCCUUUUGUUUUUUGGUUUUGUGUUUUGAACUCUAGUUUUUUGUUUUUUCUUUUAAUUGGUUUGGUUCUUGUAUUCUCAUGUUGAUUAUAAAGUUUUUUUUCAUGA